AUGUAUUUCUCAUUUCAUUCAGUCAACUUACGUCAUAGAAUGUCGUCUUCGAGCUCAUCAGCCAAGACAAAAAGGUCUGCCCGAAGAUGUCUGUUUGGCCGUGCAGAUCCUGCUCUCACCCAGCAAUGGCUGAACGACAGGCUCGAAGAAAUCCGAAGGAGAGAAGAAGCGAAAUGGGGCUUCAAUUUCUCCUGCGAAGUUCCACUUCCGGGUACUUCCGAGUACGAAUUCUCUCCCAUUGCUGAAGAGUCUGUGCCGGAGUUCUAUAGAACUAAGCUGAUCUCUUCGGCUGUCACCUCACCAGCUAAGGAGAACCGCACAGAGCUCUCCAUCUCGGACGACUCGGAUUCAUCAAUGAUGGAUAUGUCGAUGAGUCCCAUCACUCCAGCCAAACGCGAGCAUGCCACGCCAAAGAAACGCCACGGAAAAGUCACCGAUUACAUGGUGGUCCGCAAGAAGCGUCUCCAACACUCCCCGAAACGACUGGACAUAGUUCUGCCAGAGGGUGGUCGCCUUGCUGCUCGCGUUUGA